AUGUGCAGGGCUUUAAUGAGCUGCUCGCACCAUUUGUGUUACUGGCAGAUACCGGGGGGAAUCCGAGGAUUGUCUUCGCCCUUUUUUCCGAGUUUGUGA